CCAUCGCGGGCCUGAAGGAGGAAGAAGAGGAAGCGAGGCGCGCCCGCCGGCCCAUGCGGCGGCCCCGGGCCGGGACCCGCCACGGCGCCAGCGCCGCCGCCCUCGCCGGAGCCCGCGGGCCCUGCAUGGACGGGCAUGGGCUGGGGAGCCGCGCCCGCCCGCGCCGCCGGGGCCGAGCGCCGCCGCCUCCGCCCGCCGGAGCUGCUGCUGCUGCUGCUGAGCCUCGGGCUGCUCCACGCAGGUGACUGCCAACAGCCGGCCCAGUGCCGGAUUCAGAAAUGCACCACCGACUUCGUGGCCCUGACCUCACACCUGAACUCUGCCACUGAGGGCUUUGACUCUGAGUUUUGCAAGGCCCUACGAGCCUAUGCUGGCUGCACCCAGCGAACUUCGAAAGCCUGCCGCGGGAACUUGGUGUACCACUCGGCUGUGCUGGGCAUCAGUGACCUCAUGAGCCAGAGGAAUUGUUCCAAGGACGGACCCACGUCUUCUACAAACCCUGAAGUGACCCAUGAUCCUUGUAACUAUCACAGCCUGGCAGGCGUCAGAGAACAUAGGGGAGGGGACCAGGAUACUCCCAACUACCUUUUCUGUGGCUUGUUUGGAGACCCUCACCUUAGAACUUUCAAGGAUCACUUCCAGACGUGCAAAGUGGAAGGGGCCUGGCCUCUCAUAGAUAACAAUUAUCUUUCGGUGCAAGUGACAAAUGUGCCCGUGGUCCCUGGAUCCAGCGCUACUGCCACAAAUAAGAUCACCAUCAUCUUCAAAGCGCACCAGGAAUGCACAGACCAGAAGGUCUACCAGGCCGUGACAGAUGACCUGCCCGCCGCCUUCGUGGACGGCACCACGAGCGGCGGGGACGGCGAUGCCAAGAACCUGCUCAUCGUGGAGCGCGAGAGCGGCCGCUACGUGGAGAUGCACGCGCGCCACAUCGGCACCACGGUGUUCGUGCGUCAGCUGGGCCGCUACCUGACGCUGGCCGUGCGCAUGCCGGAGGCCCUAGCCAUGUCCUACGAGGAGAGCCAGGACCUGCAGCUGUGCGUGAAUGGCUGUCCCCUGAGCGAGCGCAUCGAUGACGGCCAGGGCCAGGUGUCGGCCAUCCUGGGGCGCGGCCCACCUCGCGCGGCCCUGGGGCAGGCCUGGCCGGGCCACACGCUGGAGACGGCCAGCAGCCAGUGCCACGAGAAGAUGCCGGUGCGGGACAUCUACUUCCACUCCUGCGUCUUCGACCUGCUCACCACGGGCGACGCCAACUUCACCGCAGCCGCCCACAGCGCGCUGGCUGAUGUGGCUGCGCUGCACCCGCGCCGCGAGCGCUGGCACAUCUUCCCCCGCGCGGGGGCCGCGCGCUCCGCUGCCACCGCAGCCGGCCUGGGGCUCACCUGCUGCGCCCUCGUCCUGUUUUUGUAGGGUUGUCUUCGUUUUUUUAUUUCUUGUCUAUAGCAAAAUUUUAAAAUAUAUAUUGUCAUAAUAUAUUGAGUAAAAGAGCAUAUGUGUAUAGACCGUGUAUAUGACGGGGUGCUGGCCCCGCGCCCUCGGGACUGUACAGCUGCGUCGCCUGUUCUCGCAUGUGUUGGAUGUAGUAUUCUUUGAUUGUAUCAAUUUUGUUUUGCAGUUUUGUGAAAUGUUUUAUAAUGUCCCUGCCGGGGGACCUGUUAGAAAGCACUUUAUUUUUUAUAUAUUAAAUAUUUAUGUGUGUACCUGGUUAACACGUGCAGUGCAUACACAGACGCUGCACGCAGCAGCGUCUCUUCCAGGUGUCCGGUCGCCCGUGGCCGCCCUCGCUGUCCCCUCCUGCCCUUCCCGCGGCUGCUGAUCAGCGCAGAGCUGCAUCCUUGACCUGCCCUGCUUGAUGAGAAAGGUGGUGAAGCCCCGAACAGGUGCAGUGACUUUUGACUGCUAGACGCUAACCCAAAAGCCCCCUUCCUCUCCAACCGCUGUUACCCUUCCAGAAAGGGACGGUAUCACCGCCCUUCUUACGACGCCCAAUUCUGAUCACACAGCUGACCGCAGAGAGUGUGUCAGGCCGGGCCACGUGAGCGGCUGCUCCCUGGGGUCUAGAGAUGAUUUCAUAGGUAAAUCCAAGGCGCCUUGCUAGACCCCAACAGCUCUCAGACUUUUCUCAUCCCAUUCCCCUUUUAAAUGGUAGCUUUUCCCUCUUACCUGGUCUAGGUUGAGCAGAAUGUGAAACCAUUAAUUCCGUGAUGACCAUGCCUGCCCUUUCUCCUCUGCAGGGCUGUGCAAGCCCAGGCCUUGCCCUUGUCCUGCGUGCUGGGGAGCCCUCUCCCCCGACUGGGUUGGCCCACCUGACCUUGCUGCCGGGAUCCAGGGCCUGGGCUCCAGAUUGUUUUUCUAGUAUAGAAACUAGACCCCACCACAAGGGCUCUUCCUGCUCCUCGUCCCCCACACCACAGCCUUGGCCACAGCUCUGACAUCUGUGUGUGAUGGGACGGUGGAGACCGUCACACAGAGAAGCUGCUUUGGCCUGGCUCAGUGUGGCGGCUCCUGGUGCUGGCUACUCCCCAGUUCUCCUUAACUAGGCCUGUGCUCCCCAGUCUUUUUUUAAAAUCAGGUGCUCUGUCUCGUAAUGCCUGUGGGUAUUAAUUUAAUUGGUUGCUCAUGUGACUUGGUGAGAUCCCUAUGAAGUAAAACAAUCUUUUCUUGCCGUUUCCAUUCCGUGUCACUUCCUCCUUACAAACUGAAAAGGGCCACAGGCAGGAGCAGUGACUGACAAAGUCAACCCCAGGACAGGUGGUGGAUGUUGGUCUGUGUGGUUCCAGGAAGAAGUGACACAGUGUGUACUUUAAAUAAUUCAAGUUCACAUAAACAGAAACAAAAGGCAUGAAGUUUAAAAACCACAGUAAUUUAGGCCACGACUGUGCUUAGAGUUAAGUGGCCGGGUAAUUUCUUUUGCCAUGUCCUAUCAAGCAGUGGUACUGUCAGAGGCCCAGACUGGCAGAAAAAGAGGAUGUCAUUUUCGGGAAGUUCUGUUUCUUGGUGAGUUGACUUGCCAUCCAGUCACAGGGUGGAUUUGUGAGUUCAUCUGGAGGGCAAACCUCUCUGCCUUCUGGGGUGUGAGAGAAUAGUCUUGGGCAGUCUGGGGAAAUAAUGAAGGUGCCCGUGGCCUCUCAGGCUGAGACCUGUUGUCCUUUUCUGGAAGCUGGGCGAGGGCCUGCCAGCCGCUUGCUGUGCACAGCAGCCACUUCGCUCACUCGCGUACCAAGUAGAGUAGCGUGGACAGGAAAAACACGGAGGAUACUUGUAACCACUAUUUUUGUGCAAAUAGUAUGAAAGUGAAGUAAAAGCAAUAGUAAAAAUUUCAAUGGUAUCUGGGUUUAUAGUAGGUAUGAUUUAUAUACUUCUGUUCUUUUCAGGGAAAAUAAAACAACCACCUCUACUCGUAGUUGGGAAGAGAAAAUCUGGCUGUUUUGCCAUGCCAUUCAGCUCCAAGGGUCGCUUUCAUGGUCAGCUGUUCUCCUUCUCAUCAGUUUCCUUGUAAAACAAUUCCCACAAAUCCCUUUCAGAAAUACAAGUAAUUCUCUGGAUAAGGGCAAGGUUUGCAGAUGUCUUCUCUGGGGUUUCUAGAGAAAAUGCUGCUUGCCCACGUUGGUUCUUGAAGUCCUUUGCCAGAAGAGUUUUGGGUGAUACCAACCUGUGACUAGCCUGUAGCUGUUGAGGAGGUCUCCUCCGGGAGCUUCAAACUUGGGCGAAAACACUUGUUUGCACAGAUGCUCCACAUGGCUGUCUUUAAAAAGACUCAAAACUUUCUUUGUCCUCUUUGUUAUGCUUGGAAACCCCAUAGUGUCAAGUUUUUACAAAGAAACCUUUAGAUGUGGUUCCUAGGUACAUGAAUACGUAUCUGUGUAAAACAGUGAGUGUGCAGUGUGUAAAUACUCUAAAUUAUUAUGCUAGAAAAAUAAAGUCGCUACCAUGCUGUGGAA